AUGGAGUUGACGUUCAAUUUAGUAUUAAUUUAAAAACAGAGAGAUAUUCGAUAGCGUUCGGUAGGUCAUCUUUCUACAUAUUUAUGAUUAACAAACUCAAAGUUUUAAAUAAUUCUACACAUGGAAUAUGAAGAGCUGAAAGUUGCCUACUCUGACAGUUACCAUGGAAACAGUCACAGGACAACCUAAUAAUGCCAAUCCACAAGGUAAAAAAUCAUUGCAAGGUCAUGGGACAGAUGUAACAGAGGUCAAGGACGAUUUUCCACAGGGCCUGAAAGAGCUGGUCAAAGCCAAACAAGUCAUAAUUAAGCAAUGCUUGGACGUAGCUGAAGCCGUUCUCUGUUGGCAGCGACCCUGCCGAUACAGUCUCUAUAACACAGAGGAUGAUGAAGAUCACUUUCUUUAUGCACAGGAAGUUUCAGCGUGCUAUUUACGCCAAUGCCUGGGAGCUAUGCGAGGUUUCGUUAUGAAGUUCAGUAAUGCAGAGAUGCAGGAUGUGAUGAGACUGCAGCGCCCCCUACGAUGUCCGUGCGGAAUAUGCUGGUGGUGGUGUUGCUGUCAUCAGGAGCUCGCCAUUGAGAGCCCGCCAGGAAAUCCCAUCGGACGCAUUGAAGAAAAUCGUAUGUUCUGCUGUCCAAGAUACGAGAUCAUUGACGAUAGUGACCGUGUUGUCUUCCAUAUAGAAUUCUCCUGCUGCCUAUGUAAACUUUGUGCUGACGUGUCUAUACAGAUAUUUGGUGGUCGCCAUAGUGAUGAGCCUGUAGCUGAGAUAACUAAAGCAUGUCAUGGCAACAGUAAAGACUGCUGUGGUACUGAGAACAACUUCAUUUUACACUAUUUGACAGAUCUUGAUGUUCAGGAUAAAAUUCUCUUGCUAGGUGCUAGUUUUCUCAUUGACUACAACUUUUUUGAACGCCAACAAAGAUCCUGCUGCUGACAAAUAUCUCAUCCCUACCACUGAUAAUAGGCUUUCCUAGAUCAAUCAAGGAACAUACCAAUUUCCUGCUAAAGGGAAGUUCUGAUAACCUGAAAACAUCACUUAAACAAUCCAAUGAUCAUCAAUGCACGCAAAUACUCUAUUUUCAUCUAUAUAUUUUUCAAAGUUUAUUUAUAACCAGUCAUAGUAUUGCACAGAUGUCAUAAGGAAUAUUAAUACGUUUGUACCUUUAAAAGAGAUGUUGUGAGGGAAGAUAAAUCUGACAGAUUUGUAAUUAAGAAAAAGUAGCAAUCUGUUUUUUCUAAGAAAGCUUUUUACUGGCUGUAUGUACUGCUAAAUGUUUAACUAUUCAAGCAUUCUGUGAUAGAUAUGUCUUUACUAUUUCAUGAAAAUGUAUAUGUAUUUAAUAUUUUGGUUAUUACUUUUUAACAUUUAGGUUGUGUAUUGAUGCAAUUGGUAUUUUUUUAACUCAAAUUCAUUGUAUUCAUUGUAUUCAAACUAUAUGAAAAUGGGAAGUUUGUUAACAAUAUAUACAAUUUUAUUUCGUUAUUAUUAUUGUUUGCUGUGCAUGACCAAUGAUUUCUCUUCAUAUUAAGUGAGUAACCUUUACCUUGGCUAAUUGACCUUCAACUUUGGUGAUUGACCUUCACUUUGAGGUUGAUAACUUUACAAUAGGUAGCUGAGCUAUCCAUUAAUGGUGGGUUUUGACCUUUUAAAUUGUUGUUUAUUUGGUUUAAUUGUUUGCAUCACAGAAUUUUAACCAUUCAUGGUUUACCAUCACCACAGGUGUCUGACCUUCAAUCUGAUUGAUAUACAGAUUCAUUUUGAUGGUUGAUCUUUAUCUUGAAAGAUUGAGUUUGACACUUCAUGAUUGAUAAUCAUAUUUAGUGAUUGACUGUCAUAUUUGGUGAUUGACAUUCACAUUCGGUGAUUGACUUUCCCAUUCGGUGAAUGACUUUCACAUUCGGUGAUUGACUUUCACAUUCAGUGAUUGACAUUCACAUUCAGUGAUUGACAUUCACAUUCGGUGAUUGACAUUCACAUUCAGUGAUUGACCGUCACAUUUGGUGAUUGACAUUCACAUUCAGUGAUUGACCUUCACAUUCAGUAUUUGACCUUCACUUUCAUUGAUUCAAUUUCACGUUUGGUGACAGACCUUCAUGUUUGGUACUUGUGUACUAGUUACAUAU